AUGGAGGAGCAAGUGGACUUGGAGAAGGCGCUGGCUGUGGCCAUCAAGGCGGCGCAGAGUGCCGGAAACAUCAUGUUGGAGUUCUAUCAGCUUCGCCGGGAGGACACUGCGGCGAAGAUGAUGCGUUUACUUAAGGAGGGCGGUUCCCACACGACCGGCGAGCUUGCUGCUUCACCUAAACCAACACCGGUGGAUCUUUUGGACAUCAAAACGAAGUCUUCCAGUACGGAUCUCGUCACGCACUACGACAAACUUUGCGACGAGACUAUAAUGAAGAUCCUGCAGCGCUUCAACGCGAAGGUGGAAGAUGAGAAGCGGAAUGAGCCGUCUGAAGCGUUUUCUUUUCAGUUCAUAACGGAGGAACUCACUCCCGAUACGCCCUUGACCGAUGAACCGACGUGGAUUGUUGACCCUAUUGACGGCACCAUGUCGUUUGUUCAUGGGGGGUGCGACUGCUGCAUCAGCAUUGGUCUAGCUAUAAAGAAACAGACGGUGCUUGCAGUUGUGUACUGUCCGUUUCUUUCGAUUGUGCAGCAUUCGGUGGAGGAUUUACGUUCUACGAGUGCCGUUGCAGGGGAGUUGUACACCGCAAUCCGGGGAAAGGGAACAUUCCUUAAUGGGCAACCUAUUCGUGUCUCUGCAGAUGCCUUGCCAAAUACGGCUUUGGUGGCAUUUAAUUACCCAAUGGGUGCCAGACUUUCCGCGGCGGAGAUACCGAGCGACAGCGCCCAGGUGGGUGUUUUGAAGCGGCAAAAGCAUCGGAAAGUUGUUGAGGCCGCUGGGCAUAUUCGUGAGCAGCUUGCCAUGCAUCCUGUACAGGGCAUUCGCAGUUAUGGUUCUUGUGCCCUCAUUCUCGCGCAGGUUGCCGCGGGACGUAUAGACCUUUACAUGGAGCCUGCUGGCAUGGUGUGGGAUGUGUGUGCAGGAAGUCUUUUGAUCACCGAAGCGGGGGGUGUUGUAAAAAACAUGUGGGGUGGUGACUUUGGACUGGAGGGCACCACCACGAUCAUUGCAGCGGCGAACGAGACACUCGCCGAUUACGGAAUCCAACUCUGUACACAGGUAAAUUAUGGAGAUUACUGGAAAAAGUAG